AUGAUGCCCACGUUUCUGGCUGCCAAGCAUAUCCCGAGAACGUGGUGGAAGUCGGCGGUCGUGUACCAGCUGACACCAACUGACCCCAGGUCGUUCCUCGACACGAACGGCGACGGUAUAGGUGACAUCCCCGGCCUCAUUUCCAAGCUCGACUAUCUCAAGAAUCUAGGCGUGGACGUCAUCUGGAUCAGCCCGAUCUUCAAGAGCCCACAAGUCGACAACGGCUACGAUGUUGAGGACUACCGGGACAUUGCGGCCCGGUACGGCACCUUGGCUGACGUUGACGAGCUCAUAGCGCAGAUGCACAGGCGCGGAAUGAAGCUGCUGUUGGACCUCGUGGUCAACCACACAAGUGACCAGCACGUGUGGUUCAAGGAGUCACGAAGCAGCAAGAGCAGCCCCAAGCGCGACUGGUAUAUCUGGCGGCCGGCCAAGUACGACGCCGACGGGUCACGUCGCGGGCCUAAUAACUGGCAGGCUGCAUUUGGCGGCUCAGCGUGGCAAUGGGACGAGAGAACCAAGGAGUAUUACCUCCACCUUUUUGACCCUGCCCAACCCGACCUCAACUGGGAGCGCGAGGACAUGCGCCGCGAGAUCUACGACAUGAUGAACUGGUGGAUGGACAAGGGCUGCGACGGGUAUCGCAUGGAUGUCAUCGGCCGUAUCUCCAAGGACCAAAGCUUCCCAGAUGCUCCGGUGACGGACCCAGAUGGAAAGUACCAGGACUUUCCACGCGUCGAGGGUCCGCGUCUCCACGAGUUCCUGCAGGAGCUCAACCACGAGACACUCUCCAAAUACGAUGUCAUGACGGUUGGGGAGCUCAACAAGAUCACGCCAGAGGGUAUGCUGCGAUAUGUGCAUCCCGACAGGCAUGAGAUCAAUCUUGGCUUCUGUUUCGACCACGUCAACGUUGGUCUCGGCGAGUUUGGGAUCGGCCGCCACAUUGUCGGCCCAUGGAAGAUCAGCGAGCUCAAGGCCGCGUUCUCGCGAUGGCAAGCUAUGCGCGAUUAUGGCGCUCACCACCCGCUAUACCUAGAGAAUCACGACCAGUCGCGCAGCAUCAGCCGGUUUGCGAGCGACUCUCCGCAAUGGCGAUGGGAGAGUGGGCGUCUGCUCGCUCUCCUACACUGCACCCUGUUUGGAACUGUAUUCAUCUUCCAGGGACAGGAGAUCGGGAUGGUCAACCUCCCGUCCGACUGGCCACACGAUGAAUUCAAGGACGUGCAGACGCAGAACGUCCUCCGCGAGAUUGCUAAGCGUGGGGUCGACGUCGAGCGCCUCCAGAAGAAGGUCCUCUUCAAGGCGCGCGACAACGCGCGCUCGCCAAUGCAGUGGGACGCAGGGAAGUAUGCGGGCUUCUCAUCGGUCAAGCCGUGGAUGCGAGUCAACGACGACUGGGAGGAGUGCAACGUCGCGGCGCAAGAGGGCGACGCCAAGUCGCUCCUCUCGUUCUGGCGCGACCUCAUCUCAUGGCGCAAGGCGCACGAGGACGUACUCGUCUACGGGGCGUUCCGGGACAUUGACCCGACAGACGAGCGCGUGUUUGCGUACGUCCGGACGGGAGACAAGGAGGACAAGACGAGGCUGCUUGUCCUCCUCAACAUGACCAACAGCGAGGUCGAGUACACCGUCCCCGAGAAGUUUGGCGCUGGCAAACUCGUCAAGUCUACGACGGAUGGCUUUAGCAGUACUCUGGGUGAGGUUGUCAAGUUUGCGCCUUACAGCGGUGCGGUUUACGACAUCAGUAAGUAG